GACUGGACGCACAGCCGUGAUCUCUGAGUACAUUUCAGCCUCUGAAAUCCAGCCACGCCAAAUCUUUCAGUCUCUCUUCCGGGCCGUGGCUCAGCAGGCCCACCAGACUUUGACCUGCAGCACGAUGAGUAGUGAAACCUGCAGCACGAUGAGUAGUGAAACCUGCACCGUGGAGCAGCAGCAGCACGCCGCCGGAAAUACCGAGGACAGAGCUGGGAGGAGACACGGUCUGUUUCACUCCAUACUGCGCGGCCUUUUCUGGCCGUUGAGCGCCGUGGUACGCGCAUAUCGCGGGUUCUGGGUGGUGCUGGGCUUUCGGCAGCCCCAGGAGAGAGCCCUCGUUAGCCCCCAGGUUCUCAGUACUGCACGCCACAGUCUCACCGGCCGCAAGCGUCUGCACCGGCUCACCCGCCUGCUGCUGUCCAUCCUGCCCCGCUGGGCGCAGGGCGCUCUGGGCUACCCAGUGUCCAGCAGCAUUGGGCGCUCCCUCUCCCCAGAAAUCAGGGUCUCUCCUACUAAACCUUAUGGAAAGGGCAGUAAGAGGAAGCAGGACGAGUUGGAUGACGAGGAGGAUGAAGAGGCGCAUCCGACCUGGGUGGAGGCGCUGUCUCAGGAUCUCCUUGAUGACGAAGGCACAGAUGAGGAUCCUGACUAUGAGCCCAGUACUGUAGAGACGGAGAGUGAAGAGUACCGCUCGCAUAAUGACACAGAAAGUGAUCUUGAAGUUCAUGAGAAAUGCAUGGUCAUUAUUGAAGAUGUCAAAGUGGAUGUGGAGCCACCCACUUCAGCUCAAGUCUCGUGCCCUGCUGUUUAAUGUGUCAUAUUGACAACUUGUAUUGUGCUUUUGUGUGAGUGUGUGUGUGUGUGUGUGUGUGUGUGUGUCUAUAUUAACUCAAUAAAACUUGGUCCUUGCCUUGACAUUGCUGUGGCCUCCCACUAGAUGACAGUAAUGUUUUCUGUUCCAAAGCUGAAAGGAAGUGAAUGUGGUAAAAUGUGAGCUUUAUGUAAAUGCAGCUGGUAUUGGUGACAAACAUCAGCUUGAAUUAAGACCUGGGUAGAUAAUGUGUUCGCUAAUCCUGUGCCAAACUACAGUUUCGUUUUUACUUGAGGGAUUUGUUGCAUCUGUAUCAGGGCCUUGAUGUGAACAGUGUUUGGCUGAUUUACUGCCCCAAGACUGCUAAAUUAAAAGAUGUCUCGUGGCACACAAA